AUGCAUUAAGCACAAAAAAACAGAAUCACAAAAGAAAUAUAAGAAUUCGAAUAAAGACAAAAGAAAAAUGAAGACAAUGGGAUUUCUAUCUUUGUUGUUGACAAUGACAUCUAACAUUGGAAGGGAUUUAUUAAUGGAUCUCCAGAUACUCCCUACGAAGGUGGCUAUUUCUAAAUUGACAUCGUACUCACAAAUGACUACCCUUAUAAACCACCUAAAAUGAAAUUCGAUACACGCAUUUGGCAUCCCAAUAUCUCAUCAUAAACUGGUGCCAUCUGCCUUGAUAUUUUGAAGGAUUAAUGGUCACCUGCCUUAUCUAUUCGAACUGCCUUACUGUCAUUACAGGCCUUAUUUUGUGAUCCAUAGCCAGACUCUCCUUAAGAUGCUGUAGUAGCCAAUCAAUAUAAAUCAAAUAAAGAUUUAUUUGUUAAAACUGCAAAAGAAUGGACACUAAAUUAUGCAUCAAAAAAUAAACAAAAUGAAAAAGUUUCCAAUCUUGUUUAAUUAGGUUUUGAUGAAUAAAAAGUUAAAGAAGCAUUAAUUAGAUUUGGAUAUGAUGAAGAAUAAGCUGCCAAUUUCUUAUUGGGAGGAUGA